AUGAUACUCUCGAGCCUGGCUUGGUCUACAGUGCUGUGCGUGGAGCUGUCUCUCAGAUGGGAUGUGUCGCAGCCUUCGCAAAGAAAUCUCGUCUUCUUGCUCAUCUUCGUGAACUCGAGCACAUCAAUCAUACUCCCGACUAUGUUGACUAUGCAGUUCAAGGCGUGGCUAGAAGUGGUGCGGUUGGUGUUCCUGCUCUCGUUACAAAUUGGCUUUGCUGCGCUUUUCACGGUUUGGAGCCCGACCUUUUCAUGUCUUGAUGGAACCUCUGAUUGUCGGAGUAUCAACACUUUUAUACUGGCUGGCAGCUGGGUCAACCCAAGCAUACUUAUCUGUUACUCCGUGCUCCUCGUCGCCUUGAGAUGCUGGGUUCGCCUACAUCCUGAAGCAGCGAUAUAUUCCGAAAAGCGGCAAUCCGAGUUACCGAUGAUGUCGCCACCUGAUGAAAGCCAGACUCAGGUCAAGGUGCCAUCAGGCUUGUUCGAAGCCUUGGCACCUGCUAUGGCUCCGCUGUCUGUGCAGCCGGCUACAGGUUCCUUUAAACGCGGAUCAUCACCACCUGAUAGCGGCGCACCUCGCCGAUCCUCUGGAAGGUUAUCGAAACGGCUCCCAAGCUGGUUCUAG